ACAACACAGAGACAACUACAAUGAUAGCUUUACUGCUGCUGGCGCUGGUCGCUGCCUCCUUUUCUGUACCUCUGCCUCCUGAUAACACUGACAACUACCUUUUAGCUGAGAAAUACCUUCGUCGGUUCUAUGGCCUUCCGGCUGGUCUCCAAGGACGACAGGGGUCAGCAGAUGCCUUCCAGACCAGCAUUAAGGAAAUGCAGAAAUUCUUCAAACUCGAGGUGACUGGGAGUCUGGAUGACAACACUUUGGAGCUGAUGAAACAGGCCAGAUGUGGCGUCCCAGACAUUGGGGAAUAUAACCAUUUCCCUCGACACCUUAAAUGGCAAAGCAACACUGUCACGUUCAGGAUAUUGAACUACACACCCGAUCUGAAGAAGGCGGACGUAGACAGAGCUGUCCGAAGUGCACUCAAUGUUUGGGCUGAUGUUACCCCUUUGGUUUUUAAGAAGCUGUACCAUGGAAAUGCUGACAUUAUGAUCAGCUUUGGAAGCAAAGAACAUGGAGACUAUAACCCUUUUGACGGGCCAGAUGGACUUCUGGCUCAUGCCUAUCCACCAGGCCAAGGCAUCGGUGGGGACACACACUUUGAUGAGGACGAACACUGGACCAAAGAUUCAUCCGCUUAUAACCUGUUCAUAGUGGCAGCGCACGAGUUGGGCCACGCCCUGGGUAUGUCCCAUUCAUCAGAUGCAGGUGCCCUGAUGUACCCGGUCUACUCAUACGCUACAGGUUUCCCAUUGGCCGAGGACGACAUUGAAGGGAUUCAGGCUCUCUAUGGUGAAAAUCCAAACCCACGGAAGGUGAAGCCGAAGCCUGAUGCACCAAACAAAUGUGACCCAAUGUUGAGUUUUGAUGCUGUGACAGAGCUCAGAGGGGAAACCAUCAUCUUUAAAGACAGGUUCUACUGGCGCAUCCAUCCUCAAAUUGUGGAGCCUGAGCAGACACUGAUCAAAUCCACAUGGCCCUCAAUUCCCAAUAAGGUGGAUGCAGCCUACGAGAACCCAGAGAAGGAUCUAGUCAUCAUAUUUAGUGGUAUCCGAAUGUGGGCUUUGAAUGGAUACAACCUUGUGGAUGGUUACCCUAAGUACAUACACAAACUCGGACUACCAAAAAGCAUAAGGAAAAUAGAUGCAGCUGUGUACAUCAGAGAUACAGGAAAGACUCUAUUCUUCACUGAUGAGGAGUAUUGGAGCUAUGAUGAAGCAACAGGCACAAUGGAUAGUGGCUACCCACGAUCCAUUGAGACAGAUUUCCCUGGGAUGGAUGACGAAGUUGAUGCCGCAGCUUAUCAUUAUGGAUAUUUGUAUUUCUUCCAUGAGCACAUGCAGUACGAGUACAGUUACAGCUCCAGGAAGGUCUUACGCAUCCUGAGGACCAACUCUAUUCUCAACUGCUGAGGAGCUCAUCUGACAUCAUGUCACGUUAAACUUAUACAAAUGUUUUUAUUUUAUUACUGGUGCUGGACACAUGGAGAGCAUGUAAUUAUAUGUCAGACACAAAAAAUGUCUGAUGUUUUUAGUAUUUAUUAAUAUUUCUCUGAGGACACUGAGGUCCUUAGAAUGUCAUGUUCCUUGCCUGUAGCAGCCGGCUUCUGCUGUGAACUAAUUAUCUGACUACUUGUGACACUGAGGAAAAAAAAACAAAACAUUUUGCUCUUUAAUAAUCUCUCAUUUCUCAAUAGACUUUUGUAUGCUUUGGGAAUUCAAGCAGUAAAGAGAGGAAGCUUUUACGGUUUGGUUUUGUAAAAGAUGGAGUCACCCUGACAUUUACUUUAAUCAUAGUUGUUAACAGGCUGCUGCUGUCUGUCAGAUGUCAUCUUAGCCCUGAAACACAUUUUCAGUGGAUUUAUCUGGUCUGUGUUGUCACUUUUGAUGUAUUAAAAAAAACUUCCAUCCACUGCUUCACUA